UUCCCGUCAUAGAUGUGGCUGGUUAAUAAACGUGUGCAAGCCUACAUGGCCGUCUUCUGCGUGCUCGUCGUUGGCAUUAUAUUCUGGGAAAUCCAAACACACGAAAGGCCAAACGUCUAUCAUACUGACAAGAUGACAUCCAACGUAAUGCUUGAACUACGCAAGCUGAUUCAUAAAGCUCAUAGAACAGCUCGCUCAGGUCAAACAAAACUGUUGUUGCAGCAGUCACUCAACCUACUGCGCGAAAUUGGUAUCGAGGGGUCCGAUUUGGUCCACGAAGACUCCAGCGUGACUGAGUAUUUCGACCUCAGGAAGAGUUCAUUACCCGAAACUUGCCCGGAACACUGGGGAAAUGGAAGAAAGGAGGAUCUGCAUCCAGACAACAUAUAUUACACCAUUCCAUGCGCACGAAUACCGCUGGAGGAUCUUGUUGAAAUACUCCUCCAUGUCGACUCCUGUUCUCAAGCAAAACAUCUGAUAGAUCGUGUGCGCCUUAUAUAUCCCAAAAUAACAAUACACAUCUCUGUGGAAAACGCUGCUGAUAACAGCGAACUAUGUGAACCGUCAGGUAGUGCAUUUGUGUACAAGGGCCGCAAGGACGAGGCAUCGAACUGGAUGACUUUGGCUCGUGUUGGCCGAUCAAAUCGCCACACAGACCUGGAUCGUCUACUGAGAGUGAUGAACAGUCUGCAAGUGGAUAUUGUUGGUGGGGCUGUUCGGCUCGAACCAGAAGGUCGCUGGUAUCCUGGGUGCUAUCAGUCGGCCAUCCGCAACUUCAGUCUAAUUCUUCGCCCGGGGCACGACAUAUCCGCCAAGUCAUGCGCCUACUGCGAUUACGUAGCCUCUCCAUUUUUGAUCCGGCGCGACGUCUUCAACAGGGCCAUGAAAAACUCCAAACUGAAAGGGGUUGUUUCAUUUGUUGAACUGAUGCUUUCUGGCAUUUUUCGAACCGGUCGGUUAGAGUUACAAACUGUGGCUUGCAUUGAUGUCAUGUUUCACGUAGCCGGGCAUCAUACACCUCGGGGAUAUGGUGUGUCAGAAAUCGCAAAAACGGCAUGGCUUCCGUUGGCCAAGCAAUGGAGCAUCGAUAGAAUCAUUUUGUCAGGUGGCGUAGACCACCGGUGGACAUGCGACGAUGUGGAAAUUGACUGCAUCUCUUUCAAACAGCCCGGGCUAAUCAUCCCAAGAUGUUGCCUCGAAGAGCUCUUCAAUUAUAUCAUGAUGUUCAUAGACGCAGCCACCCGCUUCAACGUUUCAAACUACAUCGUGUCAGGCACUCUCAUGGGGGCGGUGAAGAUGAACAACGGAAUUUUGCCUUGGGAAAAGGAUGCAGACGUAUGUUGGGACGUUUACAAGCAUGCUACAGUCUCCGGUCUAAUUGCAAAUCACAUCACCAGUAUGUAUGACGUGCAGUUUCCCAAGCAACGCAAUACGACAAAACACGGCACUGAUAUAGCCGGUUGCAACAAAACGGGUGCGGCGUAUUGCCUGUAUCACAGUAUACGAGCUCAUAAUUGGUUUGUUGAACUAUACGGAGUUCCAGUAAUGUAUUCUUAUCAACCAAAAGAUAUGCAUAAUGUGACCAAAGUGUCUUUGAAUGGGCACUGGUUGACCGGUUUGCCAAAUCCCGGACGAGCAAGCAGGCAUGGUUACGGUGACAAUAUUUUAGGACAUAUACAACACUGGGGAGAUUACGGAGCCCCGAAUGGAUGGACCAGAUAUACGAAUGUGGAAGUUGAGCCAUUCCUGUCUUGUCCAACGGGGGUUGUACGUCAUGCAUGUUUAUCCGGAAACUAUCUGCCUCUGGGAAACAUACAAUUUCAAGAUAAUCCGGCAUAGUUACCAUUAUAGUUUGGCAAUGUCCGUUUUGAUUAGUACUGUCCUAGCUUGAUGCAAUGUAUUCGCUCCAUAGUUCCAUGAUUUACUCCCUACUGUGUAUAAUCAUGCGCUGUACUCUAGGGGCCUGAGAUUAGUCAGUUCCGUUUCCGUUUUCUGUACCGUUCGGUUUUCCAUUGAAUAAUAUUGACAGCAUACAAAAAACUUGACGAACUGUUUUGAGUGAACAUGUAUUUUGUACAUUGCUACUGAAAACACCACUGCCUCAUUUCGUCUUUCUUUUCUCUACGUAAUUUACGGCGGUUACUUUAUUAGGAUCGCAAGCCAUCAACAAACCGAUUGUGAUUUACCUUCACUACCGACAGGUUCA